AGGAGGUGGAAAGAAGGGGGGCGCUGUCACGGAGACUCCGGCCGCCGGAGACCCCGCCGCAGCGAGGCCACUGGGCUCCCCGGUCGCAGGGCGUGAGCGCGCCAACCGGGACACCAGGGAGACACACCGGGCGAAGGAGGGGGCCUAUGUACCCUUCCGCAUUUUCCUGGGUCUCUCUCCCGGGCGGUGACGUGACGUGCUGACGGCGGGCCCGUGCCGGGGAGCUGGGCCGCUUUUUGUCAGCUCCGAGCUCGGCCCCUCCUCCCUCCCUCCGCCCGCCCCACCAGCCGGAGCCCGGCCCAGUGCUCCAGAGAAAGGCCGGCCUGCAGCACCCGCCACCGUCGCCGACCGCCCGCACGCCCGUCCGGAGCUGUGACUGAUGAGAAUUAAAGGCCAUGGAUGAAGAUGGGCUUGAAUUACAACCACAAGAGCCAAACUCAUAUUUUGAUGCAACAGGAGCUGAUGCUACACACAUGGAUGGUGAUCAAAUUGUUGUGGAAGUACAAGAAACUGUUUUUGUUUCAGAUGUUGUGGAUUCAGACAUAACUGUGCAUAACUUUGUUCCUGAUGACCCAGACUCAGUUGUAAUCCAAGAUGUUAUCGAGGACGUUGUUAUAGAAGAUGUUCAAUGUCCAGAUAUCAUGGAAGAAGCAGAUGUAUCUGAAACGGUCAUCAUUCCUGAGCAAGUGCUGGACUCAGAUGUAACCGAAGAAGUUUCUUUAGCACAUUGCACAGUCCCAGAUGAUGUUUUAGCUUCUGAUAUUACUUCAGCCUCAAUGUCUAUGCCAGAACACGUCUUGACGAGUGAAUCCAUACAUGUGUCUGAUGUUGGACAUGUUGAACACGUUGUUCAUGAUAGUGUAGUAGAGGCAGAGAUCGUCACUGAUCCUCUGACAGCUGACGUAGUGUCAGAAGAAGUAUUGGUAGCAGAUUGUGCCUCUGAAGCAAUCAUAGAUGCCAAUGGGAUUCCUGUGGACCAGCAAGAUGAUGACAAAAGCAACUGUGAGGACUACCUUAUGAUUUCCUUGGAUGAUGCUGGCAAAAUAGAACACGACGGUUCCUCUGGAAUGACCAUGGAUGCAGAGUCGGAAAUCGAUCCUUGUAAAGUGGAUGGCACUUGCCCUGAAGUCAUCAAGGUGUACAUUUUUAAAGCUGACCCUGGAGAGGAUGACUUAGGUGGCACUGUAGACAUUGUGGAGAGUGAGCCUGAGAAUGAUCAUGGAGUUGAACUACUUGAUCAAAAUAGCAGUAUUCGUGUGCCAAGGGAAAAGAUGGUUUAUAUGACUGUCAACGACUCUCAGCAAGAAGAUGAAGAUUUAAAUGUUGCAGAAAUUGCAGACGAAGUUUAUAUGGAAGUGAUUGUAGGAGAGGAGGAUGCUGCUGCCGCAGCGGCAGCCGCUGCCGCGCACGAACAGCAAAUCGAUGACAAUGAAAUCAAAACUUUCAUGCCAAUAGCAUGGGCAGCAGCUUACGGUAAUAAUUCUGAUGGAAUUGAAAACCGGAAUGGCACUGCAAGUGCCCUCUUGCACAUAGAUGAGUCUGCUGGGCUUGGCAGACUGGCUAAACAAAAACCAAAGAAAAGGAGAAGACCUGAUUCCAGGCAGUACCAAACAGCAAUAAUUAUUGGCCCUGAUGGACAUCCCUUGACUGUCUAUCCUUGCAUGAUUUGUGGGAAAAAGUUUAAGUCGAGAGGUUUUUUGAAAAGGCACAUGAAAAACCAUCCUGAACACCUUACCAAGAAGAAGUACCGCUGUACUGACUGUGAUUACACUACCAACAAGAAGAUAAGUUUACACAACCACCUGGAGAGCCACAAGCUGACCAGCAAGGCAGAGAAGGCCAUCGAAUGCGACGAAUGUGGGAAGCAUUUCUCUCACGCUGGGGCUUUGUUUACUCACAAAAUGGUGCAUAAGGAAAAAGGAGCCAACAAAAUGCACAAGUGUAAAUUCUGUGAAUAUGAGACAGCUGAACAAGGGUUGUUGAAUCGCCACCUUUUGGCGGUCCACAGCAAGAACUUUCCUCAUAUAUGUGUGGAGUGUGGUAAAGGUUUUCGUCACCCAUCAGAGCUCAAAAAGCACAUGCGAAUCCAUACUGGGGAGAAGCCGUACCAAUGCCAGUACUGCGAAUAUAGGUCUGCAGACUCUUCUAACUUGAAAACGCAUGUAAAAACUAAGCAUAGUAAAGAGAUGCCAUUCAAGUGUGACAUUUGUCUUCUGACUUUCUCAGAUACCAAAGAGGUGCAGCAACAUGCUCUUAUCCACCAAGAAAGCAAAACACACCAGUGUUUGCAUUGCGACCACAAGAGUUCGAACUCAAGCGAUUUGAAACGACACAUAAUUUCGGUUCACACAAAGGACUACCCCCAUAAGUGUGAUAUGUGUGAUAAAGGCUUUCACAGGCCUUCAGAACUCAAGAAACAUGUGGCUGCCCACAAGGGUAAAAAAAUGCACCAGUGUAGACAUUGUGACUUUAAGAUUGCAGAUCCGUUCGUUCUAAGUCGCCAUAUUCUCUCAGUUCACACAAAAGAUCUUCCAUUUAGGUGUAAGAGAUGUAGAAAGGGAUUUAGGCAACAGAAUGAGCUUAAAAAGCAUAUGAAGACACACAGUGGUAGGAAAGUAUAUCAGUGUGAGUACUGUGAGUAUAGCACUACAGAUGCCUCAGGCUUUAAACGGCACGUUAUCUCCAUUCAUACGAAAGACUAUCCCCACCGUUGUGAGUACUGCAAGAAAGGGUUCCGAAGACCUUCAGAAAAGAACCAGCACAUAAUGCGACAUCAUAAAGAAGUUGGCCUGCCCUAACAAUACUUCUACAGACUUUUGUAGAGAUGUUGGCCUUGAAGCAGAAAAUUCAUUUUAAAGCCACAGU